CACUCGAAACGCAGUGGGCAUUAAGUAUCCGGCCACGCAGGGAUGGGAAAGAAAAGUCGCGUCGCGGGUUUAGCGGUGGGCCGACGAACUAUCCUUCAGCUUUCCCCUUCGGGACUUCGCGGGGUUGGCGAGAGAGAUGAAGUAGGUUCAGGAUCUGAUGAAGAACAGGAGGGUGAAGGACACAGAGCUGUGAGAGAAAGCCACACAAACAUGAAGGCUCCGGCAGUGAAGGCCACAGAAGGACUGUCCUUGCUUGGAGCCUAUGAGGACAGUGAUGAAGAUGAUGUUGGAGACUCCCAACGUUCAUCUGCAAAAGUUCAACAUAACCAGUCGGCUGACAUUGAUAGUACGCUGGCAGAUUUCAUGGCGGAAAUUGAUGCCAUCACUACUCAGCCAAGUUCAGAAGAUGUAGCAUCUCAUCCUUCAGAGCCAACUGGGACCCAACCUGGACCUGACAUCAAUACUCAGCAACCAGCUGCCAGUGAAGGCCAGGAUCAGACCGCAGAUGCUCAAUUUGAGUAUAAUACUCAGUACUCAUUAGUUGGAGCGGACCUUGAGAUGGGAGACUGGCAGGAGGUUUGGGAUGAAAACUCCGGCUGCUAUUAUUACUGGAACACCCUGACCAAUGAGGUGUCCUGGGAGCUACCACCUUAUUUAGCCGACCAGUUGCAAAACUUGGCACAGUAUGCCAGCAGUAUCAAUGGCAAUGGUACAGCUCAUACAGAAUCUUACACAGAGGAAGAUGCUUCAUCUGCUGCAGUCACAUCAGUGAAGGAGACCAAGGCAAAGGAGGUAAUGGAGAGUGUAGUUGGUCUCACAAGUGAAGAAGAGGAGCGUUGUGGAGUGGCUGCUUCUUUGCUUGGUCCACUGAUUCCCUCAGAAGUCAAAGAGGCAGAAGAAAAAUGGAGGAAAAGGUUGCUCAAAGGUUUGGAGGACCCUGAAAACUGUGUAGAUUCUGAUGGAGAUGGCCCUCGUCCUCCAGGAUCCCCCUGUACCCCUCUGUGUGACGUUAAUGUCCAGAACGAUCUUUGCACCCAGAAGCAGUCUGAAGAGAACUCUGGUGCUGAGGAGGAGACGGAGGAAGACACAAUGGACCUGGAACUGGCUUUGGAGAGGAAAAAGGCUGAGCUACGAGCACUCGAGGAGGGUGAUGUGAGUGUUGGGGGUUCCAGUCCUUGUUCUGAGACAAGCCUAGAAGCCUCCAUUUCCCGUGUCCUGCUGCUGAAGAAAGCCCGAUGGAAGACUUCCUUCAUAUCUGCUGCUAGCCCUGAUUCUAACAGUAGAGGGUCAGACCUGCAUGAGAACACAGACACAGUACUUUCCAAAGAUCCAGAGAAAGCUGUAGAAGGAGACAAGGAAACAGACAUGAUUGAGGAGGAGAAAACUGCUUUAAAGACUUCAGUGAAAGAAGAGGUAGAAACACCUGAGCUGAAGUUUCAGAUUGGGGAACUAGGUAACACCUUGACCAGCAAAAUGGAGUUCCUGGGAAUAAAAAAGGCCAUCUCAAACUUUCAGUUGCUUCUGCUACAAACUGAGACACGAAUUGCUGACUGGAGGGAAGGCGCGCUAAAUGGAGUCUAUCUUCGUCGUAGGUUGCAAGAAGCGGCAGAACACAUAAAAUAUUAUGAACUUAACGCCACCCCUAAAGGCUGGUCCUGCCACUGGGACAGAGAGCACAAGCGGUAUUUCUAUGUCAACGAUCGGACUGGUGUUUCCCAGUGGGAUUUCCCAACAGAGGAGGACAAGGAAGAUGAUGUAAAGGGCAACCAAACCACCCAGACCAAAUCUAGCCCAGGGGAUGCAACGUCUACAUCUGCAGGUGGAGUCGCAGGCCCGCCUAUUAUUGACGCCCCUGCACCACCAGCACCUCCCCAGCCCAAUGCAUUCUGGUCUCAAUCUCAGCCUCCUCUCCCUGAAAGCCCACCUCCCCCCUCAGAGAAGCCCCCACCUCCCCCUUUACCACCAGAUUCGCCAUCUCCACCGCCUCCACCUCCUGACAGUGAUGGAGAGAUCAUGGAGGUGGAAAUGGAGAUGGACGAUGAUGAUGAUGAUGAUGAUGACAAUGGAGAACCUCCAGCACCGGGAACUGAGGAAGAUGACAGUGGGAGGCCUUCAUUACCUCCAGGCAGUGCUAAGGUUGUGGAGUCUCUAGGUCCUUUGGGGAAGGGACAGAAGCGUAAAGCCAGUCAGCCUGGUAAAACCUUUACUAUUGGAAGCAGUCCUAUUCUUUACACCCAGCAUGCUGUCUGUGCAGCACCUGUAAUACCAGUAACUACAUUUUGGGGUGUGACAGCUAUUCCUGCCUCCUUGGUCCCAACGGAACCUCCAAUACCUGUGGCCCACCUGUCCCAGUUCUACCCCCCUCAACCACUGCCCCCAUCAUCCCAGCCACCACUUGACCCUCCUGGAGCUAAAGCUGUGUCCACAGACAAAAUCAAGAAACAGAAAAAAGAUAAGUCAAAGAAGAGUAAGACCAAAAUGCCGUCUCUGGUGAAAAAGUGGCAAAGCAUCCAGAAGGAGUUGGAUGAGGAAGAUAAGAGCAGCUCCAGUGAGGAGGACAGAGAGCAGCUUAACAAGAAGAGUAUUGAGGAAUGGAAGCAACAACAGCUCCUCACAGGAAAAGCUUCAAAGAAUGCCAACUUUGAGGCACUCCCUGAAGACUGGCGGGAGCGCUUGAAGAAAAGGAAGAUGAUGAGUAGCACGUAACAUUUGGCCUGGAGGCAACAUGGCCGAGUCAGCAGUUUUUAAAUCCACUCAGCCCGUUACCGUUAGCCUGACAGUGGUUACCAACCCUGUUUGUGGAGAUAUAUUCCUUGUUGGUGAUGAAGACAUUUAGAGGAUCUCUGCGGGCCAUUAAUCAGAGAAUUUUAAAUGUCUUUUGUUUGUUUUUUUAAGCCGACUGUCACUACUUCUGUUGUGCCAAAUGUCCUUGGGUUAUCAAAAAUACUUUAACAUGUGUAAACCCAUGUAGAUGACCAUCAUUGUUAUGAUGGGUUGUUUUAUUGAGGUUUGUUUUUGCUUUUUUUACGACGAUGUAUAUAAGAUGUCUGAUAGGUUCAUCUGUUUUUGGAAAGAAAGGGAAAGUUCAUUGUACAUUUGUAAAAAGCUAUUAAACUUUUCUUCAAUCCA